GCAUGGACCAGUUCUUGGGUAGAUCCAGUGACGAGGGUGACAUCUUCUCUGGGGACAAUGCAGCCGCCUUCCUUCCAGAGGUGGAGACGGAGGAAUGGACAAGUGCAAGACAUAGCUGCCACCAUGGGACAACAGAGGAAUUUCCCAGCUCAUGUCUCAGGGAGGAGCCCAAGGCUGAGCAGAACCGGGACCUGCAGAGGGACCCAGAUGAGCCAGGAGCAGAGGAGGCUCCACUGGGGGACCCUCAGGUGUCCACCUCACUGCAAUUUCCAGAGGAGAACAUCUUUGAACAGAGUCAGGAGGUGUUCCUCCAGUUCAACCACUGGAACACACAGAUGAAUCAACAAGUGAAAGAACUGGGAACUGAUCAUGUAGAUUGGAUAGAGAAAAUUAACAGCAUCAUAGAAAAGAUAACCUUAACAGAGAACACAGUGAAGAGCUUAUUGUGUGAGGUGAUGUCCCUAGAGGGCCAGAUUGAAAAGAUGGACUCAUUCCGUGACAUUGACCCCCAGCAGGGGCUCAACAUCCAGGAGAAGAUCACAGAAAUAAAAAAACUAUUAGAGGAAAUGGAUAUGGAGCUUGCCCAGGUAGAUGCUUGUAAUGAAGCUCAUGAAUUAAAGGAGAAACUCAUUGAAAAAAUAGAGAACUUUUGCAAGGAUAUGACUGUGUUGAAUGCCACGCUAGGGCUCUACCAAACGCACGGGGAGAAAACAGAUUCUCAGAGUUCAGAGGAAGAGAGCCUAGAUGAAAUGGUGCCCCUGCUUCCUGAGGCUCCAGCACCCCCUACAGAAGAGAACUCUCCUCCCAUGACAGUGUGGAAACACACCCUGAAAGUGUGCAUCGUGCUUUAUCUGCUGGUUUUCGUCUGCCUGUCAUGCUACAUACUCCUCUUUGAUGCCACCUUCAUCUUUGAGAGGCUGCUCCCCACCCUGCUGGGGCGUGAGAGAAUGUGGGAACUCCGGGAGAUGAUGAUGCCUUUCUUGAAUCUGGAAGUAGAAGACUUGCUCCCCUCCUAAAGGUACCAAAUGGAUGCUCACUUCCUGAGUUCUUCCCCAAUAAAAUGCUGCAUGUUCUUGUGCCA